UCGGCGUCCCGCCGCCGCGGCGCGAUGCUGUGCUUCCUGAAGGGCAUGGCCUUCGUCCCCUUCCUCCUGGUGACCUGGUCGUCGGCCGCCUUCAUUAUCUCCUACGUAGUGGCCGUGCUCUCCGGGCACGUCAACCCCUUCCUCCCUUACAUCAGUGAUACAGGAACAACACCGCCAGAGAGUGGAAUUUUUGGAUUUAUGAUAAACUUCUCUGCCUUUCUCGGUGCAGCCACGAUGUACACAAGAUAUAAAAUAGUAGAGAAGCAAAAUCAAACCAGCUAUUUCAGCACUCCUGUUUUUAACUUGGUGUCCUUAGUUCUUGGAUUGGUGGGAUGUAUCGGAAUGGGCAUUGUAGCCAAUUUUCAGGAGCUAGCUGUGCCAGUGGUCCACGAUGGGGGCGCUCUACUGGCUUUUGUGUGCGGUGUGGUGUACACCCUGCUGCAGUCCAUCAUCUCCUACAAAGCGUGUCCCCAGUGGAACAGCCUCCUCACGUGCCACACACGGAUGGCUAUCUCUGCCGUUUCCUGCGCAGCGGUCGUCCCCAGUAUCCUUUCCGCAGCCCUGGGUUCGAUUCCUCAGUACCACAUAAACAAAAAGAAAAAAGAUUAUGUAUAUCAUGUGGUGAGUGCAAUCUGUGAGUGGACGGUGGCCUUUGGUUUUAUUUUCUACUUCCUAACGUUCAUCCAAGAUUUCCAGAGUGUCACCCUCAGGAUAUCCACAGAAAUCAAUGGUGAUAUUUGAAGAAAGGAGAAUGUAUCUAGAAGUUUCUAGAAGUGAUCUAGAGGACCACAGGGUUUUGAUGUCCUGAUCGGCAUGCGUCUGUGGCACAUCCGGAACUUGAAUGUCAUUAACAAUUCCUAAUAGUUGUACUAUUUGCAAAGUUCAAUUGUGUGGGCUUCAUGAUUCUAUGACAAGUCUCUUCUGGACAGUUACCACAGAAAUUGUUAACAUGGGCUAAACCAAAUGGUUAUACCAGUCUUGGGCAAACUGAGAAGGCCAAAACCUGACUCCAGACAAUCAUAUCCUGCUGAUUUUGUGCACCUUCUAAAGUUGGUCUUAUCCACAUUUUUGGUAUUAUUUUUCAUUUCUGUGAACUUGCAUUUCCUUGGACCCCGUGACUGAAAGAGUAAAAUAAAGUGAAAUAUUUCUUUAUGUUA